UCAGAUAAACGAUGCACGAAGAGGCCGAUUUGUUGACAUCUCCAUGUGACAGGGUCUCGAAUCACUAGUUAAAUUAAGUAAAUAAAUAAAUAAAAAUGACAUCGAUAGUGAAGAGUGAUAACGAGCUGAAGAGGCUAUUGAACAGCCCGGCGAAGAGUGCCAGUGACGAUCACACAAUGGCUCCACCACUCUCUACAAAUGUGCCCAGACCGAGUACCUCCCAGGGAGGUAAUCCACAGGCUGGGAUGAACCCCAUGGCACCACCACCUCCAAAGAACGAGAAUAUUGAACCGGUCCUACAAAACGUAGUGUCAACAGUGAGUCUCGGCUGCCAGCUCCACCUGACGAAGAUAAACACCCGAACGAGAAAUUCCGAGUACAAUCCAGGCCGUUUCACAGGCCUGGUAAUGAGGAUAAGAAAUCCCCGUGCAACAGCCCUGAUAUUCCGUUCAGGAAAGAUCGUCUGCACAGGUGCCAGGAGUGAGGACGAUGCAUUCCUAGCGUCCAGAAAAUUCGCGAGGAUCAUUCAGAAGCUCGGCUUUCCAGUUAAAUUCAUGAAUUUCAAGGUCCAGAAUAUGGUGGCCACGUGUGACCUCAAAUUUCCGAUAAAACUCGAGAGUUUAAAUCACAUGCACGGACAGUUCUCCACGUAUGAGCCCGAACUUUAUCCAGGGCUGAUCUACAGGAUGGUCGCACCCAGAGUUGUGCUGCUCAUAUUUGUCAAUGGGAAGGUUGUUUUGACUGGUGCGAAAAAUAGGACUGAACUGCGCGAUGCUCUGACGAAUAUACACCCCAUUCUAAAGAGCUUUAGAAAACAAUAGCGCAAUUUAUUUUUGUACAUUUCAUUCACAUCAUGCAUUUAUUCGCAUAAAUGCCUUGUUCAUUCAUCUUAAAUUUAGGAGGUUAAGGACACAUUGUAAAAUAUUAUUUAUAUGAAAUAAAUAA